AGCACCCGUAUGUACUCGCAGCUUCCUCGGGUACACAGUGGAAACAUGUCGGUAAGGAGAGAACCCAGCGGUGGAACUGCGUCCAUGGAAAUAUACACCUGAGACAUAAACUGAAGAGUAACCAAUCCAGGCAGACGUUGGCGUUUUAAGUAGAGCUAGCAACUGCGGGGGGUACGUUACUAAUUCACUGAAGCCGGCCAGUGGCAAGCUAAUGGACGGUUGAAGAGAGACAGCCAGCCGGGGAUUGAUCAGAAGAAGUAGCCGAGCAGCAGGCGGCCCGGGCCGGGUACAGAAAGAGAGAAGACUGCGUGUUUGUGCUCAACACAAGACGGGCUUGGUGCUUGCUGGGGGAUGUUAUCCGUACUGUCUUAUGGCAGACUGGUAGCCAGGGCUGUCCUGGGCGGACUGUCUCAGGCGGACAGUCGGGACUACAGCCUGAUCUCCGCCAGUUAUGGCUUCGGUAAAGACUUUCGUAAGGGGAUCCUGAAGAAAGGGAUGUGCUACGGAGACGAUGCCUGCUUCAUUGCGCACAACAAGAACGCAGAUGUCUUAGGUGUUGCAGAUGGCGUAGGUGGUUGGCGUGACUACGGUGUCGACCCGUCUCAGUUCUCGGCCACAUUAAUGAGAACCUGUGAGCGACUGGUGAAGGAGGGACGCUUCACUCCCAGUAGUCCAGUGGGUAUCCUCACCUCGGGUUAUUUUGAGCUUCUACAGAACAAAGUUCCCCUGCUAGGGAGCAGCACAGCUUGUAUCGUGGUUCUGGAUCGACGGAGUCACCGUCUACACACGUGUAACCUCGGUGACUCAGGAUUUCUUGUGGUUCGGGGAGGAGAAGUGGUUCAUCGCUCAGAUGAACAACAGCAUUAUUUUAACACACCCUUCCAGCUAUCCAUCGCUCCUCCUGGAGCUGAAGGCGUGGUGCUCAGUGACAGUCCUGAAGCAGCUGACAGCUCCUCCUUUGACGUGCAGCUUGGUGACAUCAUCCUGACAGCGACCGAUGGUCUAUUUGACAACAUGCCGGACUACAUGAUUCUUCAGGAGCUCAAAAAACUAAAGACUACCAACUAUGACAGCGUCCUGCAGACUGCACAGAGUAUUGCAAAGCAAGCUCACGACCUUGCCUACGACCCCAACUAUAUGUCCCCUUUUGCACAGUUUGCAUGUGACAAUGGCCUGAAUGUGAGAGGAGGAAAGCCAGAUGAUAUCACGGUGCUGCUCUCUAUUGUGGCUGAAUAUACAGACUAAACAUUUUCUAAGUGUGUGAGCGCUUCUCUGGGGCUGAUCCUACCUCCCCUCUGCCGAGUCUUCCACCUGCAACCCUCCCAAAAUAAUGCACUGCAUCCUCUGGGCUGACAGGGGAGGCCCACCAUCACGACACACACUCCUUGCUGCGGGGCCGCUGUCCACGUGUACAUUUUUGGUUUUCUUCCUCUUGUUUUUGUUUGGCGCUUGAACAGUUGAGGGCGAAGCAGGCAGCUAGGACACGUUCAUGUUGAUCAUGAUGAGGGAGGAGUUGAGCACGAGAGGCUGAGGCAAGCCUUUCAGUCUCUUGUGGCUCACAUCUGAGGUGAUUUGACUGAGAAACAGUCAAGGGCAGUUCUGUUUGACUGAGGGCUUUAAAGCUAGUAGCCCUUGUGUAUAAAAAGUCAUAUUAAAAGAGGAGUAAGCCAUGGUUUCAAAGGGAAGUGGUUGAGGGAAGUUGACUAGCUGUCUCAGUUUUUCCAGUUGAUAAUCUGUUCAUUGUUGUAAAUGUAUUUAAACAAAGCAUAAGUAUUGACUGAGGAAGCUGAUGUUGGGAAUGGAUGGGUGGUAUUAAAGAAUUGCAUUUAAGAGUUUCGUUUUCAUUGUCAUGGGUUCGGGUAUGUGUACAAUGGAAGAGCAAACUAGUAACGGCUCCGAUCAAAGAAACCUUUUAAAGGGAAACCAUAACACUUGUUAGAGCUUACAUGUUGAACCUGAUCCGUUUUUUGUCACUUCGUUGAGGAAUGUGUUGGUACGCACACAUCCUGAUGAGUUGUAAAUAUUUUUGUGUUUUUAGGGGUUCGGUCUGGCCUUUUUGUUGUCUUUGCUUUACAGCAGAGUGCUAUUUCGUUACUAUUGUGGAUGAUGAAUACAUGGUUCAUAAAUAUAUUUUCUUGUAUAGAUGUUAAUCUCCAAGUGAGCUUUAUCAAUCCCACACUUCCACACGCUGAAAUGAACAAUAGGAUCUUUGCUGAGAUUUAUCGCUGCAGCAGUCGUGUGGUAGGAAGGGUGUUAGUGAUGUGUGAGUGCGGUAUACAUGGGAGUGUAUUUGAUGUUAAUAUUUGUUUUCUUGCAAAUAUAAAGCUAGCAUCUGGAAAUGCUCACAAUUGCAAUGAUAGGUCAGGCAUGAGUUUAAAGGAAAAUAUGUAUUUUUUUAACAUUUAGUUCUUAGUUAGUUUGGAGUGACUGCUGACAUGAAAUACAGUACAUGUGGUAAAUGACAGAUUCAUCUUAACAAGAAUCAGGUGUGAAUGUUGAUGUGUAUGUUUAUUUGUUUCUAUCAUUUUUGUCUCCUUGUUUCCCUUUUCAUUUGUUUGCUGCUUCUCUUUUGUAAUUCUGAUGUCUGUACAUGACUUGACAUGAUUUAUAUGAUCACCAUGAUUGUAAUGAGUGUGUGUGUAAAAAUGUUUGCUGCAUCAAAAUCAUUAAUAAUACCGUUCUCUCCAUCAUACUCUGUCCCUUUAUGUCUAAUGGCUCGCCCAAGUGGUUUGGACAUUGUUUUUACAGUUUAAAAGCGGGUGCCACCAAAGACGCAUUUUCUUUGUAUACACGCACGCUUUUGUUGAUACAAACAUCGUACAGCAAUACUUUAAAUUCUUGUGCUCUGAUUUUUGAGUGCUGGUAUGGGUGGAAAUGUUCAAAGGGAACAUUAUAAAUGUUUUUUCCAUGCCUCAAGAUGUUUUAUUAGAGUGUAAACUGUAUAAUAAUCUUGAUUUAGGUUAUAAGUGACCGGUUGCUACAAAGUUUAAGACAGGUUUAUAAAACCAAAGAAGGAAAGCCAUAUACAAACACAUCAUUAUGGUACUGCUCUGCAAGCCUAGCUGUAAAGAUAACAUGGUGUUUAUUCACUCAUACACAAAAUGGACACAAUUAUUAUUAGAAUAUUAUCUGUCCUGUCUGCAUUGUUCUUUCUGCAUGGUUUCUGACUCUGGUUUCAGCUAUUGGCACCAUUUUACAAAGUUAAUUCACACAGUUGUCUGUUUUUGUCUUGGUGGCUUAUAAUUGAUGUGUAAAGGUUCUGAACUUGUAUUUAUUUCAAAGAUAGACCUAUAUUUGAAAGAGAUAUAACUCAUAAGCAGAAGGAGGGGUGGUGAGAUGGGUAAUAGUGCUGUGAACUAUCAGUACGUGGGUGAGCACAGUUUCAGCCUUAACAAAUAGCUAGACCUGUAAUAAAGAGGCCUUUCCUGUCAUUGCAAGCUUGUCUUGUCCUCGGUCUUGUCGGUUUGAUGUAAAUGAAAGUCUGCCCCGUCUUUCUUUUCUGUAACUUUGUUCUCAAAGGUGCUUCUGCAGUCUGUAUGGUAUGAUUGUCCUCUUUUCAGCAAGCAAUGUUUGUGUGUAUGAAAGCUACACCUAUGUCUACAGUGUCACAAUGCAGGUCUAAUUUAUGUAAAUAUGUUUUAAAUAUGUACAAUAUUUAAAUAAAGAAUCUAGUAUUUAUA